AUGAGUAGCAUCGUUUAUAUCGCUCCCUGCCUGCUUUGCGGGCGCACGAUCUUUGACAGCCAAAUCAGAAAUGCCCCGACUUGGCUCAACCAGUUUCGUAUCUUGUAUUCACUCCACGGCGAGGUUUUCAUAACUGGUGUUGGUUAUUACAGGGAUGGCUCCUUUGACCGUUGGGUCGCGCCGCCGGAAUACAACGAUCGUUGGGAUGAUGACGGCUACAACGGGCCGGAGGACCAUCGCAUCGGUGUUUUGCGUCAGAGACCGAGGUACGACCGCUGGGGAGUUCCCUUCCAUGAAGCGUGUUGGUCGCUGCUAGAAGUGGCGAUGGCUCCCGCGCCGGUGCCUCUGGAACGGCUCCUCGAUAUCUGCAAGUCAUUUCCCAUCAGGAACUGUGAGUUCUCGCCCGACUGGGGCCAUCACUACGGCGGUCUCGAUGUUGAGCACCCUGACGAUGACCGCUGCGUGAACGUCGGCAAGCCAAACGCGAUCCACCACGCGCUCUGCAUCACUCGCAUCAGCAAGCUGGACCCGUUCGACUUGCUCGAUCUCGAAAGGAUUCGCCUCGCCAGCCGCCGCUGCGUCAUCUGGCCCGGCGAGAAUCUGCCGCCGCCGCGCCAGCAGCAGCAGCAGCAGCAGAAGCAGCAGAUGAUGCCCGGUGCCCUCGUGACGAGGGCUGCCUGGACGACGCGUCUCAGCAACGACCCGUUCGCGUCGCUGCCGGAGGAGCUACGCGUGGCCAUCGCCGCGCUGCUCCCGACGCGCGACUUCCUCAGCCUGCGGCUCGCGUCGCCGCACUUCGCCCCCAUGUUCCACCAGCAGGUGUUUUGGGCCACGCGCUUCGCGGGCUUCUGGACCGACCGCGGCUGGCUCUUCGAGGCGCGCACCUGGGACCGGGCGGCUACGGACUGGCGACGGCUGUGGCGUCUCACGAGUCCCGCCUUCCGCUCGUCGGCCAUGCACAACAGGGCGCGCGUGUGGCUGCUGGCCCUGAACGCCAAGAUGCUGAUGACGCCGAGGGCGGCUGCCAUCCUGCCGAGCGAUGAUACGCUGAGGCUGGGUACUUGGCGCAUCGCCGCGGCCAAGGUGCAGAGAUGGAACCCCGCGCAUCCAUACAUGGGCUUUUUUGAUGGUUGCGUUUCUAUUCGCGGCAGCUGGCCGGUUGCACUCCCGCCUUUGAUUGAACGAGUUUCCUUCUUUUUCAGCUGGAUCGGGGAUGCUCAAUACUUGGCGGGCCUGAAGGUGGUGGGAAUGUGUGGAACUGUCGUGGAGUUUGGAUACAUGGGCCAUGAGAUUCCUGUUCCCGUCUCCGGGGGUCAUUUGGCCGGCUUGUGUCUGGCUCUGACUGAGAAGGGCAUCAAAGCCGUCCGUUGUGUCUUUGGUGAUGGCAGCCAUUCACCCUGGAUUGGAUCCCUUGCCGACACCGCGCAGACUAGCAGGCUGGUAUCUUCCGGAAGGCUUUCAGUGAUGACGGCCAAAGUUGAUGGUUGCAAGAUCGUUAGUCUCAGUGUCUUAGCAACAGAUUGGCCGCCUAUGUUGUUACGCAACGGUAGUCUAUGGGCGAAGAGUAUCCCAGACAGCUCGCUGCAGCUCAACGAUACCACCGUCGCCAUCAGCAAUUUUGGCGUCGAGUACACCAGCGCUCCCGGCUACAGCGCUUACAGCGAUUGGUAUGACCCAAUCCAUCGAAGCGUGUUUGGCGGCACAAGGGGCCAGAGCCUCACCUACCUAACCGGCAUUCACGCGUACAUGCUGCUGGGGCCGUCCGGGCUCGAGUUCGAAUUUGCGCCCGGCCAUCUCGACUACGUCGACACCUGUGAAGACCUGGGCGUGUUUCCAGACUCGGACUGUGCUACUAUGCAGCACUUCUACAUUGACGGCCCAGGCGGCGAGCGCAUCACGGGCGUGGAGCUUUACCUGGAGCACGAAGAAGGCGUGGCUAUCGACGACAGCCAAGACAUAGACGACAACCGAGACAUAGACUACAACCAAGACAGAGACGGCAUCCAAGACAGAGACGACACCCAAGACGGAGACGACACCCAGGACAGUGAUUACACCCAAGACAGCGACAGCAGCGUGGAGAGCAACCACCUCAGAACCCUGUUGGAUUCUUUCAAGGCAAGUCUCCGAUGCUACAUGCAGCGCCUCGUGGGUAACUUGCUAACUACUUCGUCAGGUCUUUACGAAUCGCGGACGGUCACAUCACUUUCGGCGCGAGCGCGAGUGCAGGUAUCGAACUAUUGUGACGCCGGUGACCGUGCCAAUCCCGCCGGAGGCGACGAUUACAGGAUUUUACUGUACAACUGUGAGAUUUUAUAA